GAGGAAGUGGCUGUGCUUGGAGUCAUGAGGAUGGAGGUGCAGCUGCUGCUGUGGGCCCUGUGUGUUGGGCUGGGGGCCACAGGGGCCCCCGAGGAGGAGACCAGGAAGGUCACUCUGGAGCUAAACCCCGGCUCCUCCAACUCCACCCAGAACCUCCUCCAUAUCCGGGCGGUGGGAAAUGGCAGCACCAUCCAUUAUGUGUGGAGCACAAUUGGGGCCCCCACCAUCCUCCUCAUCUACACUGACAGUGAGAACACCCGGCUGCAGGUCAACUGGACCAAACUGUUCUCUCCGGAGCCCCACGGAGCCAUCCGCGUGGAACCCGCCAACCACGUGCUCUACUCCACCGCGCUGCUCUUCACCCGGAUUUUUGAAUACAGAGAUGAGAACAACACGGCCAGUUUCCCCGAUCUAGACAGGAAAUCCUUCUACCCUCCUUAUGAGCUGUCUAAGUUCACCUGGGAGAGCGCCCGAGACUCCAUGAACUCCUCUUCACUGACCGCGCGUCUCUCCGGAGUCGAUUCCACUAACGCCACCACGAGCUUCCAGAAUGGGAGUGUCAGCUUCCAGGUCUCGGCAUACGAAGGCUCGGGGCGCGACACCACCUCUCCCCGGCUGCUUCACACUGCAAACUGCACCAAAAUGGAAUUCAUGCUGUCUGGGGUCCGACCGCGGGGCAAUAACUCCCGCUUUGCCCUGGAGAUGGUGACCCUGGAGAAGAAGGCGGGGCAUAAGAAGAUGCAGUCCGUUCGCUCUAUUGAUGACGAGUACACCCCGACCAUCUUUGAGGUGAUGGAGUUGGUGCCGGACUUCCCCAACGCCAGCCAUGCCCACGGUUACUUCCAGUGGAAGUCAGUGGCAUACGGCUCCGUGGAGGGCGGUAGAGCCAACGCCCUGCCCUGCAAGAUGUACAAGCCGCACGGUCUGAACGAGACUCUCCGGAUCCCCAGCAUCGUCCACGCUUUCUACGGGGAAGGUCUGGCUGAGAGGUACAACAUCGAAGCUUAUAACGUCUCCUUCGGGAUCGCAGACGGCGACUUCUACGACAAAAACAGCUUCUUGGGCUGGUCAGCGUUGAUCGGUUACGGCACGCCGCCUCACGAUUCCUUCUCCGUGUUGGUGAUGUGCAUCAUGGCGGUGGCUCUGGGCACGCCCCUGGUCCUGUUAAUCGUGGGCGCCAUCGUGGUGACGGCGAUGAGGAAAAAGAGAGUCGCCGCCAACUACCAGCCAGUCAACUAGGAGGAGAGGAUUACCUCCGCCUCGGACGAUUCGCACAAGGACUCAAAACUGACCAAUGGCAAUAAGGCCGGGCUGGCGGAUU